UCAUCUACGGCACCAUCGCUGUCGUACGAGCACACAGUCGAUGGAGCUCCUGCGCCAACUCGAACGGUGCUGCUUCAUGGGGAGGUCCAGACCAGCGCGGGCAUGUUUCGAAAGAAGAAGGAAUAUCUCGUGCUGACGGAGGUGCACAUUAUUCGAUUCAAGUCACAGGUCAAAGCGGCGGAGACCUUCAAAGCGAUUCCUCACAAUAAUGUCCCGGGGAGGAGUCCGUUGGUCAAGCAUGGUUCUAUGCCUUCAGUCGGUUCGCAGAGUGAUCUGCAAACGCUGUCUGAUUCGUCGGGAGACAAGCAUGGGAGAGUACCAUUGAGGCAGGUGGUGGCCGUGCAUAAGCUGGAUGAUGGGAAGCCAUACUUUGCGUUGGAGAUGUGCUAUUUGGACGAGGAGAAUUGUCAGGCUUCUGCCAUGACUUUACAAUUCGGCAAUCCGGAAGAAAGAGAUGUGUGGUUGAAGAGCAUUCGGGGCGCGGUAGACGAUGCACGUCUGCGGGAGACCAACUACAUUUCUCCGUUCAACCUGGAGAAUGUCGCUCGGAUCGUGGAGCGCGACAACGACUACGAUCCGCACAAUUGCGCCAUCUUCAAGGUCGUUCAACGACAGGCGGCGACGAAAUCUGGAAGUCGAUCAUCCGCGGACGAUCUUGGCAAAGUUGCGUCCACAGUAUGUUUUCUGGUCGUUGGCGUACACAAGCUGCAUCUGGUCCAGCUUACAAAACCUGUCGCGCGAGCGUCGAGUCCAGCGCUUGGAAUGAAUAAUUCGCAAGUUUCCCACGGUCUCCUCACCCUUACAGCAGCAAAGGUCAGCAGCUACGACGAUACCUUUGAACUUACCAUACGACAGCCUUUGCAAAAGGGCAGGACGUUAUACCUCGCAUCUUCAGCUUCAUACGAGAUCGCCGCACGAUUACACUUUGCGGACAACUUCCUGAGGCCCGAAAGCGGAGAAAAGCUGAUCAAGUUCAGCGCACCGAGGGAAGUGUACGAUUUGUUGGAACCUCCCGCUGCAUCAGAUGUGGAAGAGCACAGCUGUCUGGACCGUACGCUCAUUGCAUAUUGCGUUGCAUAUGGCGUGAAUCCUGCAAAUGUACGAUAUACCAUCAAUUAUGCCUGCGAGGAUGCGCCAGGCUUCGAGCUUCUGCCUCCUGCAGAUCAACGGCGGCCGAAUUACGGACCCUUGGAACUUCUCGCAAUCAUGCGCGCGCUACGAUACAAUGAGAGCUUUGGCAGUAUUUCCUUCGCCAACAUUGCUCUCGACAGCCUGAAUGGACUCCACGACCCCUACGGACACGAGCACGUGUGCACGCGCACGAAAAUGGGCACAUUGAUUUCGCGGCUAACAACGGAAGAGCUGAGUCAAUCGUCAUUACUCGUCCAGGAAAUCCGCGCUCUUGCGGCAACGAGCAAGAAACUGCGACGCAUGGACUUCUCUGGCUGCAUGACCAACCACACAGCGCCGGCGUCUACGGACAAGGGAGAGACCCGGACGAAGGACAUCGGAUGUGGCAUAGUCGAAGCAUUGUUCCCGCUGUGCAAACACCAGACUACAAACGUCGACUGGAUCUGUCUGAACGGCAUUGAGCUGAGCGAGACGGAUCAAGAUUACCUCGUGGGAGCCGCAGUCGACAAGUCGUGCCAUUUCCGUGCCAUCGAGCUCAAUCGAUGCGGACUCAAUGACCGAAGCAUGGGUCUCAUCUUGGACGCGCUGAGAGUACAGGAGAACACGUUGGAAGCGCUGGCGAUUGCAGGGAAUGCUGCAAGGUUGAACCCGUCCGCGUUUGACAGUCAGCUGGGCAUGUUCGGUUUCAUCCGCAAACUGAACUUGUCGAAUGUUUCAAGAACGUCCGGCUCGGAACCUUUUCUGCAGGCGGAAACGCUGCUCAUUUGGAGGCUGCAAGAGUUGAGGUUGAGUGGCACCGCCUUGAACUCUGCCACGAUCGAUGCUGUCUCGACGUAUCUCGCGCAUCCGCAGUCCGAGAGUCUGCACGAGCUGUACGUGGAUCACACAUAUCUCUCGGGCAAGGAUGUCGCGACGCUGUUGCAUAGCCUGUCGUUUGGUCGGAAUACAGUCCGGGAUAUGCAUCUCGACAUUAGCCAGUGUCUUCUGAGCAAAGGCAUCGAGCAAGUCACGCAAGCGCUUUCGAUGGGCCUCACUCCAUCCCAUCUCAGCAUGCGCGCGAUAGAGUACCGCGAAGAGUCAAUGUUCCGCAAGGUCAUCGCGGCUGUUACCCACAACAAGACUCUGAAGUUCCUCGACAUGUCGCAAACAGCAUUACCUGGCGAUGCCAGUGAAGAGACGUGCAAAGCUCUCUCCAAGCUCCUCGCCGAAAACGACACUCUCCUUGAACUCGACAUCUCAGGCGAUGACUCCCGGCUGGCGACGUCCAAAUUCGGCCCGGGCAUCAAUGAGACACUGAACGGUCUGAAGCAUAACACCACCCUCUCCGUCUUCCGCAUUGAGAAGCAGAGACUGGGCGUACGAGGCGCAAGUACCCUCGCGGAAGUGCUCCGUGUGAACCGCGCCCUACUGGAACUACACUGCGGCAACAACGACAUCCCUCUCCAAGGCCUCACCGACCUCGUCAAUGCUCUCAUCGACAAUACCACCCUCGUUCACCUCCCUCCUAUGGAUGAUGGCCGCGCAGCAGCUUUCAAAGCCGCCGAAUCGACAAUGAAAGUCAUGAACUCCGACCACGACCCAACGUCGCUAUCGCCCGAACACGCAAAAUCCACCUCGGCCAUGAAACGAGGUUUCGCCAACGUGCCCAAUUCUCAUUCCUCCCGCAGCCCAAAUGCAAUGAACCUCACCCUCCCCGCGCACAAAAUAAAACACCACAGUCCCACUCACUCCAUCGCCUCCGCUCCCAUGCCAUCGACGAAUUUCACUGCGCAAGAUAUCCAGACGACGCAACGUCUGCUUUCUGAGCAAUGGGACCGCCAAUGCUACCGACUCGAACAGUACCUCCAUCGAAAUUGGUGUUUGCGAAACGGCGUGGAAGUACAAAUGGAAGUCGAAGAC